AUGCCUGCGUUUUCCUAUGCCCAAGCGGCCAAAGGCCUUGCGCCCUCCACAUCCCAAGCCUCUGUGAAGGAUGUCAAAGAAGAGCUUCUCGACCAAAAUUCCAUACCUAAGCCGAGCCAGAAGCCGGAUGCACAGAAUGGGGCCAACGGAAAGCCUGCGAGAAGCAGUGCUGGUUCAGAAGAGAAGGAUGCGAAGACCUCUUCCUGGGAACUCCCAUCUACCUCAAUUCGUGAUGGGUCUCAAGACAAGGAGAACGUUCCUGUCAAUCGCCGCAGUCACAAGUCGUCAGCGUCAGUCGGCGACCUCCCCAAGACGACCGGCGAGUCCGGCCCCGGCAAGGAGAAUAACGAGAACCAGUCUUCGUCGGCCCGUGCUGAGUCAUGGGAUACAUCCGUUGCCAACGAGAUGGAUUCAACCACCAGCGACAAGGACAAGGGCAAGGAUGUAGAGGACGAUUGGGAGAAAGUCUCCAUCCCAUCUGUUGCUGCUGAGAAAGAGCUCAAGCCGGCUCCCAUUCCGACCGUCAACUUCUGGCAACAGCGAAAGGAGGCUCAAGAUGCGAAGAGACGAGAGCAGGGUGCCCAGAAAGCCGUGCCACCUGCUGGCGCUGCUGUGAACGGCCCCAUUACCACCAAGCAGAACAAUCAGGAACAGAAACGCAGAGCAGGCCCAGAGCGUGAAAUCCCUACGACGUCUCGUCCCACGAACAAACCCGCCGAUAAAAAUGAGCUCUCGUCUUCUCAGUCUUCCCCCCCUGGAUCGCGUGGCGAGAAACGAGAGCAUGCGGCUCCUGUGCGCGAUGCUACUUCCUGGCCGACUCCUGAGACCGCCAGCGUCGAGGAGAGAAAAAAGUCUCUUCCGGUCGAUAGAAGUGAGAAGAGUGAGACUCGUCCUAGCGCCAAGUCCCAUGGUAAGAAUUGGGUUCAGAUGCCUUUUGUGCCUACAGCCAAGUUUGAGACGCAACUGCCACCUUCUGCUGCUAAGCGUGGCGGACGUAGUGGUCGUGGUGGGCGUGAGGGUGGCAGUCGAGGACACUUCGCCAACAACGGCGACAGAAAUGAAAACUCUGGCAGUAUGGGUCCUCCUCCGCCAAGACAGAGCGGCGAUCAGGAUCGCGGUCGAAAGGCUGAUGCCAACCGUGGGGGACGUGCAAGCUCGUUGCCCGCCGGCAACCAGAGAGCCUCAAGCCACGACAAUAGUGCAGCCAACAUUCAGAAGCCUUCAGCACCCACUGCCAAGGACUCGGUCUCGGCUCAGGCGACCACAGCCGCGCCUUUCGUACCGGUAAACGAAGUCUCUGCGACUACCAACAUUGACUCACAGGAAGCUUCACGAUCUUCUUCUCGCCAGAAUGCAGCUAGCGCGAGCUCCGGCAAGGCUGUUGAGUUGAACGUAGGCCAAACUACCGAGACAGCUACUGAAGCCAGCAUUCCACCGCAAAUACUUGAUACUGCCACCCGUCAGCAAUAUGCCGGCGAUCGAAAUAAGCCAUCUCACUCAAACUACCGUUCAAAUGAGUACAACCGUCCGGAGCGCAACGGCCCUCCACGCAACCGUGAGUGGUCCCGUGAGAAGACCGACAACGCACGCGAGAAGGUUGAGUCUUGGAGGGAUAGAGAAUACUCGGGUGAAGGCCUCUCGCGUCGCGAGCGUGGCUCUGAGCGUGGCCGAGGCUCUUAUCGUGCUCGUGGCGGCCAUGCUUACAACUCCACCUAUACUGGAGGCCAUUCUUACACCACGCCACUCCCUCAGAACGGAUUUGAGCUGCCCAAGUCCGGUUCAGGUGAACCUCGUCCCCGGCAGACAUCUCAACCCUUCUCCAUGACGAACCACCCUUCGCCCAAUCGGAAUCCCAAUCGGGCCCAGUCAAUCCCGAUGCAGAUGAUGUACGGACAAGGUUACUUUGGCAACGUUGCAGGUGUGCCUCCGGCUCUGUCGCCUUUGCAAACUGAUGUGCAGGCAUACGGUAUGCCACCUCAGAUGCCAAUGCAGCCUGGAAUCAUGAGCGCUAUGCCGUACAAUGAGCAACUAGGCUCGUAUGCUGUGUUGUCUAUGGUCAUGAGCCAAAUGGAAUACUACUUCUCCAUUGACAACCUUUGCAAGGAUCUGUACCUUCGCAAACACAUGGACUCCCAAGGUUGGGUUCUUUUGAGCGUUGUUGCCAACUUUAAGAGAAUCAAGCAGCUGGCCGGCGAAGAGCAGACUCUUGAGACUUUGCGGAUGGUGUGCCCACAAGUCAAGAACUUGGAGUUUAUGCGCGGUCAAGAUGGCGAAGAGCGAAUUCGUCGGCAAGAAGGCUGGAAAGAUUUCAUUCUCCCAAUAGCUGAGCGAUUCCCAACUGCGCAGAAUGAUGGUCCAGCUGUCCAGCCUGAGUAUCUGCAGUACCACGAUCUUCCCCAUGGUAGUGGCGAGGCUAUGCCUUUCAUUCCCGGUCAGCUUCGAAGUCCACAAGCGGGUAUGGCUCCUGUCAACGGCAUGUUCAAUGGACCGACAUCUCCCCCAUUGUUCGGUGCUAUUCCUCCUUAUGACGGCCAUGCUGGCAAUGAGCGUCCCCCGCAGUACCCCUACGCUCAACACUUCGAAGGCUCCCGUCGAGAGUCUGCGACCUCACCCUUUUCGCCAGAGUCUCUGCAUCGGAUCCCAUCUGGUCCUAUGCAGAAUGGUUCGACUGUUCCUGCCACAAACGGUCACCACCGCAGUGCUUCUCGCAGCUUCGCUGAGGAGAGUGUCUUUCCCGACGACCAAAUUGGUCUGAUUCAUAUCUACAAGCGUGAUCGUGCCGAUAUGGGCACAGCCGAUGACAAAGCUGGCAUGCCCCAGGUGGAGCGUGCGCUUUCCAACGAGAGUCAAGGAUCGGCGUCCAAACUUAACGAUCUCCGUGGCGGCAUACAGGCUCGCAAGACCUCUGAUCAGUAUGUAAACUCAUUACGCGAUUAUUCAGAAGCUGACCAGCACAGACUUGCCUCUCGCUUGCAGGGACUGACCUUUGGAUCAUCCGGUAGCCCGGUUCCAGAAACGCCGGCUGUCUUUACGAAAGACGGUCAACAGAUGCCUCUUCCCCAGCAGGCCCAACCUGGCCACUACUUUCAGCCGUACUUCACCGCCCGCACCGAAGCGCUCCAGGAUAGAGACCAUGGGGUCGAGGGCGCCCUCGAGCCGAUGUACUCCUUCUGGUCGAAUUUUCUGGUAAAAUCAUUCAACCUUUCCAUGUACAACGAGUUCAAGGAACUCGCCCUUGAGGAUCAGGCUCGUGGCAGCGAUGCUGGUUUCCAGCACCUCUUGAGCUACUACGACGGUGCGUUGAAGGCUGUCGCUCCUGUUUCUGCAGUCGUGGCUGCAGACCUAGUCGCCCUGCUUCGCAACGAAACCGACGCCGCACGCCCGGUCUUCAAGAUGAUUCGCCUUGCUUGGCGCAACGGAGCUCUCAACCUCAAGUCGCGCAAGCGCAUUCAAGACAAUCUCAACGAAGAUGAGAAGGCCCAGUUUGACAAGGGUGGCUGA